AAACCUCCUGCAAACCGCAUUGCGCAAAUGAAGUACUCGCAGCGUACGCCGGUAAUUUACGUAGAUUCAUCUCCGAGUCUCGCGUUGCGGAUACCGCGUGCUAUCCUGAGCAUUGUCCUUAUUCUCACUAGUAACCGAACAGUAUUCAACGCCGUCUACAGCUGAGUCUUUCUAUGCAGUCUAAGAUGCAGCAGUGCCUGCCCCAGCCUACUGCUACAUAAGAUCGUGCAUUCCUACGUCCCAAACAAUCUCAUAUCGUCAUAGCCGGGACCAAGACAGCACAAGAACAUGGGGCUUCAGCUUAAAGAAGAUAUCUCUCAGCUAUACUCGUCUCUCGAUCGUGUGACGGCCGUGCUGGACGAUCUCACGCUGCGCAAUAUCCUUUCAAAAUCGGUUCGGGGUGCCGCAUCUGGAGUAUUCACGCAGUGGCCAAGUUUGCAUAGCAACAUAGUCCGCGUCCUUCUUCGGUCGCGGGGUAUCGCAAAUAUUGCGCGAACAGAUGUCGCAGGAUUUAUUGAGAUCAUAAUAGGAAUCGAAUCUUUGCGUGAGCUGCAUCAAGCAAAAGACAUGCUGCGUAGCUGUAUUGUGAACACCGACAGAAGUAACAAAAGAGCCAAGAAUAUGGUAGCUGAACUCUGGAAAUUAUCCCAUGAGAUCAAGAGGUUUCGGGACCAAUGUGAGUCGAUAAUGAAACAAAACCUCAGGUCGUCCCGUUUUCCGUUCCGAAGGAAUGGUUGUCGCGAGCUAGCGCAGGCACUACUCUCGGCCCUGGACCUUAUCCAACACAAGAUGUCCAUCAUGAAGGGAAUUCUCACAGAGAUCCCGGUCAUCAGCGGUGUAGCCUGUGCGAUCCAAGCAACGAGAAAAGGUCCAGAGGCUUCGGUACCAAUCCACGGACGAUGUCGGAGUCAGGCAACUUUGAAGGAGUCUGCCGGCUAUCGAAGUGAAUCGACAACCUCCUCGUCAUUAGGGGGACGAAAUGCGGGAAUGGACACAGAUGUUGUGUCGACCUUCACAGAAGGCAUGUGUGGAAUUGAUGGCACUCUUUAUGGAGUUGCAGGCGUGUGGGUAGCCAUCAUUGCCGACUCCAGACUAGUUGCUCAACUGGCCGAUACGACACUCAGGACUUCCACAACACCGCCUCUGAGCUAUUUGUUUAAAGACCGUAUCGACCAUAUUUAUAAGGGCUACACUUCGCUACUCAGGAUCCUAGAUGACUACGAGAACGCCAUGAGCUGGCAAGCAUGGUAGUCACACGCGUCCCUCGUAAAUUAGGCACUGUCUUAGCAGAGCUACGCUUCACGGACGUUGACUAAUAUUAUAAUGUAUCUAUUCUACCACAGCUCGGUCGCUAGCAGGAAUAUGAAUAGAUGCUUAUGAUCGCAUACGUAUGUUGAUGACUUG